AUGACGCCAGUGAGGAGGAGGGCGGCAGAGAGGAGGGCGGCCGAGAGGAGGGGCGGCCGAGAGGAGGGCGGCCGAGAGGAGGGGGGCCGAGAGGAGGGCGGCCGAGAGGAGGGGGGCCGAGAGCAGGGCGGCCGAGAGGAGGGAGGCCGAGAGGAGGGGGGCCGAGAGGAGGGCGGCCGAGAGGAGGGGGGCCGAGAGCAGGGCGGCCGAGAGGAGGGAGGCCGAGAGGAGGGCGGCCGAGAGGAGGGGGGCCGAGAGGAGGGCGGCCGAGAGGAGGGGGGCCGAGAGGAGGGGGGCCGAGAGGAGGGGGGCCGAGAGGAGGGGGGCCGAGAGGAGGGGGGCCGAGAGGAGGGAGGCCGAGAGGAGGGGGGCCGAGAGGAGGGGGGCCGAGAGGAGGGCGGCCGAGAGGAGGGGGGCCGAGAGGAGGGGGGCCGAGAAGAGGGCAGCGGAGAGGAGGGCGGAGAGGAGGGGGGCCGAGAGGAGGGCAGCGGAGAGGAGGGAGGCCGAGAGGAGGGCAGCGGAGAGGAGGGAGGCCGAGAGGAGGGCAGCGGAGAGGAGGGGGGCCGAGAGGAGGGGGGCCGAGAGGAGGGGGGCCGAGAAGAGGGGGGCAGAGAGGAGGGGGGCCGAGAGGAGGGAGGCCGAGAGGAGGGCAGCGGAGAGGAGGGGGGCCGAGAGGAGGGGGGCCGAGAGGAGGGGGGCCGAGAGGAGGGGGGCAGAGAGGAGGGGGGCCGAGAGGAGGGAGGCCGAGAGGAGGGCAGCGGAGAGGAGGGGGGCCGAGAGGAGGGAGGCCGAGAGGAGGGAGGCCGAGAGGAGGGAGGCCGAGAGGAGGGAGGCCGAGAGGAGGGGGGCCGAGAGGAGGGGGGCAGAGAGGAGGGGGGCCGAGAGGAGGGGGGCAGAGAGGAGGGGGGCCGAGAGGAGGGAGGCCGAGAGGAGGGCAGCGGAGAGGAGGGAGGCCGAGAGGAGGGAGGCCGAGAGGAGGGAGGCCGAGAGGAGGGGGGCCGAGAGGAGGGCAGCGGAGAGGAGGGCAGCGGAGAGGAGGGGGGCCGAGAGGAGGGAGGCCGAGAGGAGGGGGGCCGAGAGGAGGGGGGCCGAGAGGAGGGGGGCCGAGAGGAGGGGGGCAGAGAGGAGGGAGGCCGAGAGGAGGGAGGCCGAGAGGAGGGAGGCCGAGAGGAGGGCGGCCGAGAGGAGGGGGGCCGAGAGGAGGGAGGCUGA